AUGGCGUCCGCAGGGGAGAAACGGAAGCUGGCUGUUCUCGACCGCGAGAGCUUUCUCGAGAAGUCCAAGGCAGCGCGCCAGAAGAGAAGCUCGGGAGCUGCAGGCCACUUUAUCAAAGCGAUGUACUCUUCUCUGGUUGACGGCAUCAUUACCGACCCAGAGCUGAUGGCUAUGCCCAUCGACGACCAUGCGAUCAUUAGGGGUCACGCCAUCUUCGACACCUGCACCUUAGCAGGGGGCCGUGUCUUCAGGCUUGGAAUCCACUUGGAUCGCCUCUUCAAGAGUGCCAAGCUGGGUCGAUUGAAGUUGCCUUUUGGCCCCUCCGAGGACGAGAAUCGAAGUCGGAUGACUGAGAUCAUUUGCCAAACCUGUGUGGCCAGCGGACUUCGAGAUGGAGGUGUGCGCUUUUUUCUGACGGCUGGCCCUGGCAAUUAUGGAUUCACUCCUGCAGGCUGCGAGCCAGCCUUCUACUGCACGGUGCUCGAGUCUUCGAAGUCCGAGGACUUGAAGGCCAUAGGGGAGGCCACUGUGCCUGCCAGCGAGGUUCCAAUGAAGCCGACGCUGCUGGCUACUCUGAAGAGCAACAACUAUCUGUUAAAUUGCCUUUUGGCAAUGUCCGCGCAGGAGAGAGGUGGUUGCUACGGAAUCAACAUCCGUGAUGACGGCACUGUCGCAGAGGGUUGUGUGGCCAACUGCGCCAUCGUGGUUGACCAGGUGUUCAUCACACCUCCGUUCGAUGGCAUUCUUGCAGGGACAACAGUUCGCAAGGCCAUGGACUUGGCAAAGAAGCACUUGGUGGGAGAAACGAAGGUCCUGCGUGAGAUCCGACAGGAGACGAUGCGCAAGGAGCAGCUCUUCUCAGCUCAGGAGGUCAUGAUGCUCUCGGGUGAUCUUGGCGUCUCUCCCGUGUCAACACUGGACGGCCAGCAAGUGGGCAACGGAGAGGUCGGCCCCGUGGCUCGCGAGCUCAAGCGCCUGAUCUGGCAGGAUGCGUAUGACGGCACGGAGGAGCACAUCCAAUUGUCCUACGCAUGA